UCUUUGGAAUCUCCUGAUUGGCUAAGGCUGUUGCUAUGACUUCUGUUCCAGACGCUUCAGCGUCCGCAAAUUAACAGGCACAUAUAGAAAUCUUCCACAAACCUGUUCGUUCAUCAUGUGUCUGCCUAGAACCGUAAUGAACUUAUUUUUAAAUGUCUACUGGAAAUGAUUUUAAACAAGGCGAAACAUUGUGGCAUGGUAUUCAUCGAACCGCUGCACGCAUCGAACACAUGAAGUAUCAAAACUCAUCAAUAUGAAGAGUGUUUUCACCCUCAUAGACAAUGCUUGGAUGGGCUCAAAGUUGCUGUACAAGUGGCAGAAAUCCCUUGGAAAUUACAUAGCUGUCGCAGGACAAGACAGCUCAGUAAAAAUAUUUGAUCGCCAUGGACACAAGUGGACUGAAAUCAGCCUUCCUGGACGCUGUGUGGGGAUGGACUGGGAUAAGGAUGGGGACAUUUUGGCAGUGAUAGCAGCAAAAUCCAGCUGCAUAUACCUUUGGGAUGCCAGUGUUAAUAAAACAUCCAAAAUAGACAGUGGAAUGAGAGAUCACAUGUCUCUCGUUGUGUGGUCAAAAACAAGCCCUCUGCUGGCAGCUGGGACUGCCAAAGGAAACCUGUUAAUCUACAAUCAGCAGACCUCACACAAGAUCCCAAUAUUAGGAAAACAUACCAAGAAAAUCACCUGUGGCUGCUGGAAUGCUCAGAAUCUACUGGCCCUUGGCUGUGAUGACAAUAAUCUGAGCAUCAGCAAUCAAGAGGGGGACACAAUCCGAGAGAUAAAACUGCGUGGUGCUCCUGCAGACAUUUACUUUUCCAUGAUGAAGACAAGCGAAAGGACAUCCCAGGGAGAGAACACUGUGAGUGUCUGCGUGGAAAAGAAAAUGUUGGUCCUUUUCAGCGUCAACAACACCGACGACUGGUAUGAGCUGGCGUUUGACGCGAGUUAUGGGCGCAUCGUCUCUUAUCGCUGGUUUGGUGAUGGGUAUAUACUCAUUGGCUUCUCUCAUGGAUACUUUGUGGUCAUUUCAACUCACGUCAGAGAGAUUGGGCAUGAGCUCUGCCAGGCUCGGAAUCAUAAAGACAGUCUCAACAGUGUAGCCAUCUCAUCAGCAUUAAACAAGGCUGCUUCUUGUGGGGACAACAGCAUAAAGAUCCACGAUCUCUCUGACCUCAAAUACAUUAGCAAUGUGAUUCAGCUGGAGGAUGAGACUAAAGGUCUGGACCAGCUGAGUUGGACAGAUGAUGGACAGUUGCUGGCAGUAUCCACACAGAAAGGCACUCUCCAUGUCUUCCUCACAAAGCUUCCUAUUCUGGGGGACACCUAUGGAACAAGACUGGCUUACCUGACAUCUUUGUUGGAGGUCACAGUGUCAAACUAUGGGACAACUCCAGUGGCCAUACAAGUAGAAGUAGAACCAACUUUCAUCGCUGUGGGACCCUACCAUGUUGCUGUUGGAAUGAACAACAAAGCCUGGUUCUACGCACCGCUUGAACAAGAAUCUGCUUUUACCAAACUGAAGGAGAUUGAGUACUUCGGGACGGUUGCCAACAUGUGCCUUAAUGCAAAAUAUGCUGCAGCAUUGUUUGAUGGUAAAGUGCAACUGCACAUGAUUGAUGGCAGUGAACAGGAGGAGAGGAAGCAGAUGAAGUUGUUUCCAGACGAUGACAGAAAAGGUCGUAUCUUUUGCCACGCGCUCACCGCUGACUUCCUCUACUAUGGCACUGAUCAAGCAUGCAGAAUUCCUGUAUCAAUCUCCCUUCACUGGAUUCCUGGAUUCCUUCUGCUGCUCUUCCAGUUAGGUAACGUGGUGUGCGUCCUAGUAGAGGAUUGGGAGACUGUGAGCACUUUUAGCCACACUGUGGCAGUGAGUAAAGUUUUCCCUGAUGUAAAUGGUACACGGUUGGUCUUCAUUGAUGACAAGAAGAGCGGCUUCCUGCUCACCCUUUCAAGUGCAGCUGAUUUGUGCCUUGAGCUUCCAGACUUCUCCCCCACCAUCACUGGAGUGCUGUGGGACAACUGGCACGCUGACAGAGGAGUGUUUGUAGCUUAUGACGAUGACAGGGUCUACACCUACGCCGUGCAUAAAACCACCAUAUACGGCCCGCGAGUGGUGUUAGUGGGGAGUACUCCACUUCUCUCCUCCCAGAAGCCUAUGCUGCUCUACAAUGGGGUGCUGACAUGCCAGACGGCAAGCGGCAAGAUCAGUGAAGUGGCUCUGAGCACACACUCCUUCCUUGAACACUCAACAAACACAUGGUCUGGGUCACAGCCAGAACUUGGCAAGCAGCUCACGCAGGCCCUCCAGCUUAAGAGGUUUUAUGAAGCCUGGGAUCUGUGCUUGACUGAGGGCAGUGAGGCCAACAAGGGAGAGAUCGGGAAGGCCUGUCUGGUCCAUAUGGAGGUCGAGCAAGCCAUCUACUUCUACCGCAUGUGUGGCAAUGUGGGCAUGGUGAUGUCACUGCAGGCCAUCCAGGGCAUCGAGGAUAAUAACUUACUUGCAGGCCAUUUGGCCAUGUUCCUGGAGGACUUCUGUCUUGCUCAGGACCUUUAUCUGGCCUCAAGCUGUCCCAUAGCUGCCCUGGAGAUGAGGAGAGACCUGCUUCACUGGGACAGCGCUCUGAAAUUAGCUAAGGGUUUAGCAGAAGACCAGAUUCCAUUUCUCUCCAAAGAAUAUGCCGUUCAUCUGGAGUUUAUUGGGGACUACAUGAAUGCUCUGGCGCACUAUGAAAAAGGCAUGACUCAUAACAAUAAAUUCCAGGAACAUGAUGAGGUGUGCCUGGCAGGUGUAGCCAGGAUGUCCAUUCGGAUGGGGGACAUAAGGAGAGGAGUGGCACAGGCUAUUCAGCAUCCAAGUAGAGUCCUUAAGAAAGAAUGUGCAGCCAUACUGGAAAGUAUGAAGCAAUUGUCUGAAGCUGCUCAGCUCUAUGAAAAAGGACAAUGCUACGACAAGGCAGCAUCGGUUUAUAUUCGCUGUAAAAAUUGGGCGAAGGUGGGAGAGUUGCUGCCUAAUGUCACCUCUUCCAAGAUCCACCUACAGUAUGCUAAAGCCAAGGAGGCGGAUGGCAAUUAUAAAGAGGCAGCACAAGCCUAUGGGAGCGCUAAAGACUGGGACAGCGUGACUCGUGUGCUGCUGGAUCACCUAAAAAAUCCAGAAGGUGCUGUUCGUAUUGUCAGAGAGACACAGAGCAUUGAAGGAGCAAAGAUGGUGGCCAGAUUCUUCUUGUCGUUGAAGGACUAUGGCUCGGCCAUCCACUUCCUGGUGCUGUCUCAGUGCAAUGAUGAAGCCUUCCAGCUUGCACAGCAGCACAAACAGAUGGAAGUCUACGCGGACAUCAUCGGCUCUGAUGCAACACUGGAGGACUAUCAGAGCAUCGCUCUAUACUUUGAGGCAGAGAAGAACCACCUGCAGGCGGGCAAAUUCUUUCAAAAGUGUGGACAGUACAGUAGAGCGUUGAAGCACUUCCUGAAGUGUCCUAAUACGGACGACAGCCUGGCUUUGGACAUGGCCAUUGAGACAGUGGGCCAAGCCAAGGACACCUCACUGACUAAUUUACUAAUAGAAUACCUCAUGGGGGAGAGUGAUGGCAUCCCAAAGGAUGCCAAGUACCUGUUCCGCCUCUACAUGGCAUUGCAGCAGUACAGGGAAGCUGCUCGCACUGCUAUCAUCAUUGCCAGGGAAGAGCAGAAUGCAGGUAACUACCGUAGCUCCCACAACGUGCUGUUCAGCAUGUACACACAACUGCAGGCCCACAAGAUAAAGAUUCCUGCAGAAAUGGCCACUAACCUGAUGAUCUUGCACUCCUACCUGCUGGGAAAAAUCCAUAUCAAGAGAAGAGACCACCUUAAAGGGGCACGUAUGCUCAUUCGUGUCAGCAAAAAUAUCAGCAAGUUUCCUGCACAUGUUGUGCCCAUUCUUACAUCGGCGGUCAUUGAAUGUCACCGAGCUGGGUUGAAGAACUCCGCUUUUGGCUUUGCCGCCAUGCUCAUGCGCCCUGAGUACAGAAAUGAGAUACACCAGAACUACAGGAAGAAGAUUGAGGCUAUGGUUCGGCGUCCAGAUGCGACGGAGUUGGAAGAGGAAACUACCCCGUGUCCUUACUGUGGCUUCCAGCUUCCACAGAACGAACUGCUGUGCAUCUCCUGCAAGAACAACCUGCCCUAUUGCAUCGCCACAGGUCGUCAUAUGCUGAAAGAGGACUGGUCUGUGUGUCCUCAUUGUGAAUUUCCUGCACUCUACUCGCAGUUCAUCCUUUUACUGGAGACUGAGACGGUGUGUCCCAUGUGCUCAGAGACUCUGAGUGCCCAGCAGGUGAAGAAGAUCAAGGAUUGUUCUGUAUACUUGCAGACUGAUCAAGUGGAUCAAUGAAGGCGGUGUCCAUAGCGACGUGGGUGGGGCUUACAAUGACAGCGCGUCUCUGCUCCUCCUCUGCGCUCGCUCUCCUCUCCUGAGUGCGCUCGAUGUGAUGGAUCGCCUAAGAGGAAUAAAUGGAUGAUGCAGCAAAUAUUCAAAUAAGCCAGAAACGGCUUGAAAUUAGACUCGCUGGCCACAAUGUAAGGUGCACUUCCACAAUCGAAGAGAUUCAAUACAAGAGCUAUAUCAAAAUAAUUGUCUUUACAAAGAUAAUAAUGGUCAGUUUCGCUUGAUUUUACAAUAUGAUUAUUGUGGUUGUAGUUAUUAUACUGUUUCGAAUACUUGCUUACAGUAUAAUAUUGUACACCAGGGGUAUCAAACACUUUGUCACAGUCCACAUUGUAGUUGUGGUUUCCAUUAGACGGCAGUUAUGACUGUGAAACUAUAUUGUAAAUGUAUAAUCAAACCACAUCAUCA